CCCCCGCCCCCAGCCAUGGCUUUCGCCAAUUUCCGCCGCAUCCUGCGCCUGUCUACCUUCGAGAAGAGAAAGUCCCGCGAAUAUGAGCACGUCCGCCGGGACGUGGACCCCAACGAAGUGUGGGAGAUCGUGGGCGAACUGGGUGACGGCGCCUUCGGCAAGGUUUACAAGGCCAAGAACAAGGAGACGGGUGCCUUGGCCGCCGCCAAAGUGAUUGAGACCAAGAGUGAGGAGGAGCUGGAGGACUACAUCGUGGAGAUCGAGAUCCUGGCCACCUGCGACCACCCCUACAUUGUGAAGCUCCUGGGAGCCUACUACCACGAUGGGAAGCUGUGGAUCAUGAUCGAGUUCUGUCCUGGGGGAGCUGUGGACGCCAUCAUGCUGGAGCUGGACAGAGGUCUCACCGAGCCCCAGAUUCAGGUGGUUUGCCGCCAGAUGCUGGAAGCUCUCAGCUUCCUGCACGGCAAGAGAAUCAUCCACCGGGACCUGAAGGCCGGCAAUGUGCUGAUGACCCUGGAGGGAGACAUCAGGCUGGCUGACUUUGGUGUGUCUGCCAAGAAUCUGAAAACUCUGCAGAAACGAGAUUCCUUCAUAGGGACGCCUUAUUGGAUGGCCCCCGAGGUGGUGAUGUGUGAGACCAUGAAGGACACGCCGUACGACUACAAAGCCGACAUCUGGUCCCUGGGCAUCACUCUGAUCGAGAUGGCCCAGAUCGAGCCCCCGCACCACGAGCUCAACCCCAUGCGGGUCCUGCUCAAGAUCGCCAAGUCGGACCCCCCGACGCUGCUCACGCCGUCCAAGUGGUCCGCGGAGUUCCGCGACUUCCUGAAGACGGCCCUGGAUAAGAACCCAGAGACCCGGCCCAGCGCCGCACAGCUGCUGGAGCAUCCCUUCGUCAGCAGCAUCACCAGUAACAAGGCUCUGCGGGAGCUGGUGGCUGAGGCCAAGGCCGAGGUGAUGGAGGAGAUUGAAGAUGGCCGGGAUGAGGGGGAAGAGGAGGAAGCCGUGGAUGCCACUUCGCCUCUGGAGAACCACACACCCGACUCUUCCGAGGCGAGUCCGGUGAGCCUCAGCGCCGACGACGACAAGCCUCUCACCCCAUUGCCACCCAGCCAGCCUCAGGACAGGGCGAAUGGGCCCAGCCAGCCCUCUGGGGACAGGUGUCUCCCAACCAUCAGCCCCCCAGACGCAGCCCCUGGAAAUGAGAACGGCCUAGCAGUGCCUGUGCCGCUCCGGAAGUCCCGACCGCUGUCGAUGGACGCCAGGAUUCAGGUGUCCGAGGAGAAGCAGGCCCCUCACCUGGGUGGAGGCCUCAGUCCAGCAGCCAGCCGGUCCCAAAAGGCGAGCCAGAGCCGGCCCAUCAGCAGCGCCCUGGAGACCUUGGGCAGCGAGAAGCUGGCCAACGGCAGCCUGGAGCUCCCCGUCCAGGCGUCCCCACGCCCUUCCAAGAGGAACUCGGACGCGGGCAGCCUCUCCACCUCCGAGAGCAUGGACUACGGCAGCUCCCUCUCGGCCGACUUGUCCCUGAACAGAGAGACGGGCUCUCUGUCCAUCAAGGACUCAAGGCUGCACAAUAAAACCCUCAAGAGGACACGCAAGUUCAUAGUGGACGGCGUAGAGGUGAGCAUCACCACGUCCAAGAUCAUCAGCGAGGAUGAGAAGAAGGACGAGGAGAUGCGAUUUCUCAGGCGCCAGGAACUCCGAGAGCUUCGGCUGCUCCAGAAGGAAGAGCAUCGGAACCAGACCCAGCUGAGCAGCAAGCAUGAGCUGCAGCUGGAGCAGAUGCAUAAACGUUUUGAACAAGAAAUCAAUACCAAGAAGAAGUUCUUUGACACAGAGCUGGAGAACCUGGAGCGGCAGCAGAAGCAGCAGGUGGAGAAGAUGGAGCAGGACCACGCUGUGCGCCGGCGGGAGGAGGCCAAGCGCAUCCGCCUGGAGCAGGAGCGGGACUACGCCAGGUUCCAGGAGCAGCUCCGACUCAUGAAGAAGGAGGUCAAGAACGAGGUGGAAAAGCUGCCCCGGCAGCAGCGGAAGGAGAGCAUGAAGCAGAAGAUGGAGGAGCACACUCAGAAAAAGCAGCUUCUGGACCGGGACUUCCUAGCCAAGCAGAAGGAGGACCUGGAGCUGGCGAUGAAGAGGAUCACCGCUGACAACAGGCGGGAGAUCUGUGACAGGGAGCGCGAGUGCCUCACGAAGAAACAGGAGCUCCUCCGAGACCGGGAGGCGGCCCUGUGGGAGAUAGAGGAGCAUCACCUUCAGGAGAGGCAUCAGCUGGUGAAGCAGCAGCUCAAAGACCAGUACUUCCUCCAGCGGCACGAGCUGGUGCGCAAGCACGAGAAGGAGCGGGAGCAGAUGCAGCGGUACAACCAGCGCAUGGUGGAGCAGCUGAAGGCGCGGCAGCAGCAGGAGAAGGCGCGGCUGCCCAAGAUCCAGAGGAGCGAGGGCAAGACGCGCAUGGCCAUGUACAAGAAGAGCCUGCACAUCAACGGGGCGGGCAGCGCCGCCGAGCAGCGGGAGAAGGUCAAGCAGUUCUCCCAGCAAGAGGAGAAGAGACAGAAGUCGGAGCGACUGCAGCAACAGCAGAAGCACGAGAGCCAGAUGCGGGACAUGGUGGCCCAGUGCGACAGCAACAUGAGUGAGCUGCAGCAGCUGCAGAAUGAAAAGUGUCACCUCCUGGUAGAGCAUGAAACCCAGAAGCUGAAGGCCUUGGACGAGAGCCAUAACCAGAACCUGAAGGAAUGGCGGGAUAAGCUUCGGCCACGCAAAAAGGCUCUGGAAGAAGAUCUGAACCAGAAGAAGCGGGAGCAGGAGAUGUUCUUCAAACUGAACGAGGAGACGGAGUGUGCAAACCCCACCACCCCAAACAAGGCCAAGUUCUUCCCCUACAGCGCUGCGGACGCUCCCUAACAGCCACGGGACUGUGGCUGGCAGCUGGCGGGCCUCCGGGGCCCCCAUUCUCUGUGAACAAGCACUCAGGUCCCCCGUCCCUCCUGCUUCACGCCAGCUCGAAUGCAGCCCCUUGCCUGUGCGACUCCCGUGUUCCUGACCUCUCUUGCUCAUGCGUGGAGGGCGAGGUUCUAUUAUGUGUCACCUGAUUCUAAUAUAUGUUCUCUCAGCCCCAGAUCCUUUCAGGCUGUCAGUGAUUUAGGUUGUGGGUGGGGUCAGGGUCCCAAGAGGAACGGGUGUUCUGUGGCCUCAGUGUUCUGUGGCCUCAGGUGUUCUGUGGCCUCGAGGUCCCUCCCAUUUGCCAAAACACCAGCUUUGCUGUAUAUGGGUGCUAAGUGCUGCCACUGAAGUCACCAUGGGCUCGUCCGUACUGUAAUUCAUGGUGGCUCCUCAGCCGUUCCCUGCAGUGUCAGACAAGAAUCGUAGCUCCUAACAGCCAUCUGGGUUCCCGGUGGAGCCCGGCCAGCCGCCCACUGCUCAGGGGGUGCCCUCAUUUCUCCAGUUCCCCGAAUUUGCUUUCCUCUUACGACAAGGCCGUGUCUACGACGGUGGGGUGGGGGGCGCCGGAACCAUCCCUUCUGCUGGUCUCAGGUGUGGGUGCCAUCUUGUGUUCCUCCUCCCUGCGUAUUCCCACACACAGGGUUUAGGCCCCUGGCAUUACCCAGGCUUGCCUCCACCCUGGGCCUCUCGUGCCAGGUGGGUUGGAGCACGUUUCCUGCCUGAGCCACUGAGCAUGUCAGGUGGAGCCAUAGGUAUGGGGCGUGCUGGGUAUCGGCACCAGAGGAACAAGAUGGCACAGGCUGAGCUGCCAGCGCAACUCCCUUUGGCCCCCGCGUGGCAUCCUGUGUUCAGGGAUAAAUUUCUCAUUUCAGUUGCCCAUCCUGUCUGCAGGUGACAUGGGCAGGCUGUCUCCCUCUGCCCUGUGUCCCUCCUAGUCCAGGAGUCCAGCCUUACGCUUCAGACAGAGGCUGGCGGCCACUGGGGCUUCUGUUCAGGAAGCAGGAGCGUCAGGGAGAAGCAGGGCUUCCUGCGCCCAGGAAAGUGGCAGAAGCGAAGCUUCGGUGUUUCCGUCGGACUCCCGGGCUUUCCAGGUCCUGCUGGCCAAGGCUGCGGUGUUGAUAACCCAGUGAAAGCAAAGGCUCAAACUGGCAUUCGGCUUAUUUACAAAGAAAACUUUUCACCUUGGUUUCUAACUUGAAACAAAUGAAUGGGUUCUUCAGGAAAUACUUGCUUUAAAAUAACAAGACAGAAGACUGAAGGUGAUUCAGGGGACUCACAUGGGCACAUGGAAUCUGGGUCCUAGUUCACUGGUGACGGUGACUGACACACCCCGGGAGCGCUUUCUCCCUUCACUCCUUAAGGUCAGGCUUGAUGUCUUUCUAAAGCGAUUCCCUGGAAGUCAUCUUGGCACCGGGGGACUGUAAUCCCCCUCCCCUGGAUCUUGCAGAGAGAGGGUAGCCAUUCAAGAGAAGGGUCUUGGGGUCCCCAAGUCGUACAUGUGUUGUGGGGACCGUCGGAAGCCAGUGCUCCCCUCAGGUUAGUGAGCAGUCAGCUUGCCCGCUUCAGUAUUUGACCCAGAUGGGACAGUUUCAGGUCUCGACAAGGGAGACGUGUGAAACAGCUGUCCCCUUGGUUCUCAGGGGUGCGGGUGCCGGGGCAGCGUGAGCAGGCAGCGGUGGCGCUGCGGAGCGGAGCCCCGGUUCCCCCAGGCGAGGCCGCGGCGGCGGACGGUCAGGCAGGGCUGGGUCCGGCUUUGCGGCCUGGGCUGUGACCAUGAGUGUUCUGUGAGGUGCCGGCGUCCUGGCUCAGGCGCGUCAUCGGCCAUUCCCUCAUCUCCACACUGAAAUCUUGCGCAAGGAGUUGCUGUGUCCCCGCUCCGUGUCACCUGAGCCCGCUAGGUCCUCCGUCCUUUCCAGGUGGGGUCCGGGGGAUGGAUGCGCCCGCCUCGCGACUGAGCCAGCGGGUGCCCAGCACUGACGAGGCCCGCACGGAGGCCCUCGAGCCCUGUGCUGUUUCCUCCAUAAGGGACAGACGAGGACUAUUUCUCAUUUUCAGUCAAUUUAUGGCAGAAUAAAUAUAACUAACGUAUAUUUUCUUUAUGAACAGAAGUAAUUUUUAUGUAGUUUCUAAACUUUAUACAAGACUUUUGUAAAAUGUUCUCUGCAAAGUUAACUGCAAGACUGUAAAUAUGCUUCUAAUAAAAUAACAAAGUGAGAAAC